ACAGUUGCAGAUGGCUUUCCCGCCGACCGCUAUCAGCUGUCUCGCAUUGCUGCUUGUGGAAAGCAGACGCUUUUUAAGUGUCAAAGAACUGAUAAUCGUGUUCUAAUUUGUUCUUUUUGCAUGUCACUCCGCUAUCGAUGAAGGAUUAAAUCAACUUCGGUGAAAAUAUCACGAUGAGGCUGUUUUGAAUGACGUUUGCUUUUGCGGUUUUGAUUUGGAAAAAGUAUUAAUCGAAUUUUUUUUUUUGGUGGAGGUGAAAUCAUGUUUCGUGCCAUACCCGGCUUAGGUGGAAAAUACUAAACUGAAGUAAACAAUCCCGGCAUUUUCGCUUUAUUAGAAGUGCUUGUUCAUUAAAAGAAUAUAAACAACCGUGCCAUUUGAAAACUAUAUAAAUUAUUCUGUUUUUCAUGUAAAUAAUAAUAUAUAUAUUGUAAUAUUUGCCGGAAAAAAUCGUCUGCCGUCAUAACAAAUGGAUAAUGUUUAAUCAUUAGCAGAAAGAAAUAUCGUUUGCUGCGAAUAUUGGGAAAUAUUUAUUUUGUGGAAUAAUUAUUUUGCCAAGGAUGCUGAAUAUUUGAAAAUUGUUUGGAAUUUCGAAAUGGCAUUUACUUUAACGGAGCAUCUGACGUGAGAAUAUUUCUUCCAUUUUCUUUUUUCUUUGUGAAAUCUGUAUCAGGAAAUGAAAAUUUAUAAAGUGUUUUCAAGUGAAUGCUUUGCAAUUUGACGCUUCCAAGAUGUCAAUGCUAUUCGGGUCGAUGCGUAAAAGUCGAUCCGCCUCGUCUUCGAGCAGUUCCUUGCCGUCACCUGCUCGCAUGAGCGAAGGUUGUAAUGCAGAACUGGAUAUUCAAUUCAUGAAGCAGUUAGCCAGAGAAGCGAAGGAGUAUGAUCUGGAGCAGAAGAUCGACUUGGAGAUCAAAAUGCAGGAGGGCACCAAUAAGCUGCUGGCCGCCUGUCGCUACCAGCUGCAGUCCCUGGAGGCCCUCAAAUCACUCCUGACUUCCAACGAAAGGAUCAGCGCUUAUAUGCUCGAGCUGCAGCGUCGGAAAUCCCUCAAACAAACAAAGAGUCCUCAGAAAACGCCUCUUCUUCCAUGUUCGGGAAAAGUAGCCAUAAGUGAUAUCCGAAUGCCUUUGAUCUGGAAGGACAGCGACCAUUUCAAGAACCGGGGCGAUUACCGGCGCUUUGCUGUGUUCUGCCUGCUGAAAGUCGGCACCGAAGUAUUCGACACAGCGAUGAUCAAUAACGUGGAUCGAAGUAUGACGGAUAUCGCAUUUGAGGACGUCAUUACGUUCAACAACGUACCGCAGGAUUUCGAAUUCCGUCUUGAAGUUUACAGUCACGUCUUGCAGGAAGAUCUGUCAAUCGCCAGUGCUUCUAACAAGCUCAAGAAAAAGAUAUCGUAUUCAGUCAGCAGAGCCAUAGGAAAAAGGAUGUCAGAUAAUUUUAGAGAAGAUGGGAAUACAAAAAACGGCUAUUCUGACUUCGAACUAGUUGCCCAUGCCAAACUUAACCUGUCCGAUGCCAAUUCGCGCAUCAAAACUUACGAUCUUGUAAUGGAAACUACAGAUAAACAUAACCAGUUACCUCUCUUCGGGCAUUUUUGUUGCCGUCUUGCUGUGCAGCCCAAGUGCAUGGUGGAAGAAGUAUACUCAGGGUAUUUAAGUCUAGUCCAACAAAUCGGGAACAUAACUGGUUCCCGAAGAAUGUUAUGCUCUCUGAAAAACUUCACUCUCUCCAUGUGGUCCAAUUUCGCCGAUGUCCAUAGUUCAAAUCCUGAUGUGGUUAUACCAAUCAAAACGGGUACCAAAGUGACCCCUAGCUCCAAGGCCAUCUCCUACCCUAGGUUCAGUUUUAGGGUGGAGUAUACUGAUGACGAUGAAACGAAAGAGCACCUCCUGGCCGCAGAUUCCCCGAUCCAGCUGAGCGAGUGGCUCAACCACAUCUCCCAACACAUCAAGGAUUAUGAACUGUGGAAGCCGGCAUCCGAAUCUCUGAUGGAAAUUUCAUCGCCAGGCGUCUGUAGAAAUUCCCAGUUCAUCAGACAUCGGAACAGUUCGUUGUACGAUGAAACGCCAUUCCUUGAUGAUGGAGAAACGUCCAGCGGUAGUUACGGCAGCAGUUCGACCAUCUACGGUAAGAAUGGCCACCGAGUGUCCACACCUCCCUUCUGCUCCUGGUCGUCCAGCUCGUCGUCCACCAACAGUUCCCUGGAGUACCAGCCCCACCCUACUUCCAGAACGCUGUACAGGAAAUCUGUCAGUGCUUACUUCCCUUCCUUCUUUCACUCCUAAGGCGAUGAGAGACCACCUGUUGUUACUGCAGGAAGAGGAAAACCCUAGUCAUUCCACAUAGGACUGCGACUGCACUUCGCGGCAGUCAGAUACGAAAAGAAAGAAAGGAAAUGUAGCAUGAGAAAAAGGAAUGAAGGAUUUUAAUGCAACUGGAAAUGUGCAGUUGAGCGAUGAAUUAUGUGAUUGUGAAUUCAUUCCUUUGAGAAAAAACGGGAAUGAAGGAUUUGGAUAAAAUAGCAAGUGUGCAAUCGAAAAAUGUGAUCCUAAAUUCAUUUUUCAUGUCUGAAACGGAACCUUCCAGAGAACCUCAAUAUCCGCCUCCGUUCGAAAGAUAAAGUGAUGCUGCGAGUUUCAUAGUACAAGCAUGUCAAAUUAUCGGGCUCGUGUGGGCCAAAUAAACAAAGUUUGAGUUGAUAUAGUGUCGCAGAAUUUUUAUUUUUUAUUUUUACGGAAAUGGAAAUUUAUUUCAAAAAGUAUUGUAUCAAUAAAGAAUGGUAAAAUGAA